AUGUAUUUUUUCAUCGGAUUAAUAUACAAAGGAAAAACCUUUGGCGGGAGUAUAUUGUAUCAGAGUGACAAAUUAGAAUUCCACGGAAUUGGGAAAAAGAUCAAGCAAAGGCCAAAGGUUUCAAGGGAAACAUUAGUUUUGCAAUGUCUUGAUUCAGAAAACUGUUUCUUUUCGAUCAGUGAAAUUACAUCUGAAUUUCAGAUGUGGCCUAAAUUAAUAGCCAGGAGCAAAGAAGGCGGUGCAGAUGUCAUUGAGACGUAUACAUUUUGGAAUGGUCAGGAGCCAACGAGAGGACAGUAUAACUUUGAAGGAAGAUAUGAUAUUGUCAAGUUCGCAAAGCUAGUUGGAUCUCAUGGAUUGUAUCUCUUUCUUCGAAUAGGUCCUUAUGCUUGUGCAGAAUGGAACUUCGGGGGCUUCCCCGUAUGGCUUCGUGAUAUACCUGGAAUAGAAUUUCGAACAGAUAAUGCUCCAUUCAAGGAGGAGAUGGAGCGCUACGUUAAAAAGAUAGUUGAUCUUAUGAUAGCCGAGUCACUCUUUUCGUGGCAAGGUGGUCCUAUCAUUUUGUUGCAGAUUGAAAAUGAAUAUGGAAAUUUUGAAAGCUCAUUCGGUCCCAAGGGGAAGAUAUAUAUGAAAUGGGCUGCUGAAAUGGCUGUUGGUCUUGGUGCUGGUGUUCCAUGGGUCAUGUGCCAGCAAACUGAUGCUCCAGAAUACAUUAUAGAUACUUGCAAUGCAUACUAUUGUGAUGGCUUCACGCCAAAUUCCGAGAAGAAACCGAAAAUCUGGACCGAGAAUUGGGAUGGAGGGUUUGCAGAUUGGGGUGAAAGACUCCCACAUAGACCCUCUGAGGAUAUUGCAUUUGCAAUUGCUCGUUUCUUUCAGCGUGGGGGCAGCUUACAGAACUAUUAUAUGUAUUUUGGUGGGACAAAUUUUGGCCGAACUGCUGGAGGCCCAGCUCAAAUCACUAGCUAUGAUUAUGAUGCUCCCCUUGACGAAUAUGGACUACCACGUCAACCUAAGUGGGGCCAUUUGAAGGAUCUGCAUGCUGCUAUAAAGCUUUGUGAACCUGCUCUUGUUGCUGCUGAUUCACCUCAGUAUAUUAAACUGGGACCAAAACAAGAGGCACAUGUCUAUCGUGGAGCAUCCAACAACUAUGGCCAAGAUUUGUCCUUGAAUGAAGGCAUAUGUGCAGCAUUUAUUGCAAACAUUGAUGAACAUGAAUCAGCAACUGUGAAAUUUUACGGUCAAGAGUAUACUUUACCUCCAUGGUCAGUGAGUAUUCUGCCAGAUUGCAGAAACACAGCUUUCAACACAGCUAAGGUGACCGCACAAACUUCAAUUAAAACAGUGGGCUCUGAUUCCGUUUCAGUUGGGAAUAAUUCUUUGAUUCCUCAAUUAAGCACUAAAAGCAAUCUCGAAAGUAUUUCACAAUCUUGGAUGACAUUGAAGGAGCCACUUGGUGUGUGGGGUGACAAGAAUUUUACUUCUAAAGGGAUACUGGAGCAUCUAAAUGUGACAAAAGACCAGUCUGAUUACCUGUGGUAUCUGACCAGGAUAUAUAUUUCUGAUGAUGACAUCUCAUUUUGGAAGCAAAAGGAUGUUAGUCCAACGAUUGAUAUUGAUAGCAUGCGCGAUUUUGUUCGUAUUUUUGUUAAUGGGCAGCUUGCAGGUAGUGUGAAAGGCAAAUGGAUCAAGGUGGUUCAACCUGUUAAUCUAGUUCAGGGAUACAACGACAUACUACUAUUAUCUGAGACGGUGGGAUUGCAGAAUUAUGGAGCCUUCUUAGAGAAGGAUGGGGCAGGUUUUAAAGGUCAGAUAAAGCUUACAGGAUGCAAAAACGGAGAUAUUAAUCUCACAACUUCCUUAUGGACCUACCAGGUGGGGCUUAAAGGUGAAUUCCUGAAAGUCUACGAUGUCAAUAGUACUGAAAGUGCAGGAUGGACUGAGUUGCCCAAUGAUGCAAUUCCUACAAUCUUUUCGUGGUACAAGACAAAGUUUGAUGCCCCAGGCAGAACAGAUCCCGUUGCCCUGGAUUUAAGUAGCAUGGGAAAAGGUCAGGCAUGGGUUAAUGGUCACCAUAUAGGAAGAUAUUGGACUUUGGUUGCACCAAAUAAUGGAUGUGAAAGAACUUGUGAUUAUCGUGGUGCUUACGGCUUUGAUAAAUGUAGGACAAACUGUGGAGAGAUUACUCAGGCGUGGUAUGAACCUCUUUUACUUGCUGAAAUUCUCGUUUACGUUGUAGGAAAUUUCGCUCUUUUGAUUGUACGAGGCCACACCUGGCACCACGUCAUGUGUAGGCGCU